AUGUACGCUGGGGGCGUGCCCAACCGCCCCACUCUGCCAACCUCGCUUGAACCCGCGGGGUUUGCUUGCGCAAGCGCAGCGGGGAGGAGCCGAAGGGGACGCCGGGAGCAGGAAUUUCUGCACAUGGCUUCCGAAGAUGUGACCAUUACAGUUCGCCUCAUUCGUUCAUUUGAGCAUCGCAAUUUCAGACCUGUAGUAUAUCAUGGAGUUCAUUUGGACCAAACUGUAAAGGAUUUUAUAGUAUUUCUAAAGCAAGAUAUCCCUUUGAGGACCAGCCUUCCACCACCAUUCAGAAAUUAUAAAUAUGAUAAACUGAAGAUUGUUCAUCAAGCACAUAAAUCAAAGACAAAUGAACUUGUGUUGAGUUUGGAAGAUGAUGACAGUCUCCUGUUAAAAGAAGAUAGCACCCUGAGAGCAGCUGGAAUCGCCAGUGAAACUGAAAUUGCAUUCUUCUGUGAAGAAGACUAUAAGAACUACAAAGCUAAUCCCAUUUCAUCCUGGUGA